AUGGCGACGCUGGGAAGCGAGCCGCAGCCCUUCCCCGCCGCUGCCCUGGCGGUGGCAGCGGGCGGGGUGGGCGGCGGCGGCUGUGGCGGCGGCGGUGCGUUGGGUCUGCAGCCUCUGAACCGCGGUCUGGAGCGGGCAUUGGAGGAAGCGGCUCACUCCGGGGGGCUCAACCUGAGCGGCAGGAAACUGAAGGAGUUCCCGCGCAGCGCCUCCGCCCUCACUCACGACCUCUCCGACACGGUGCGGGCAGAUCUAUCAAAGAACAGAUUAACAGAGAUUCCUACAGAGUUGUGCCAUUUUGUGUCACUGGAAACACUAAAUCUAUACCACAACUGUAUUAAAAUUAUUCCAGAUGCCAUAGUGAACUUACGAAUGUUAACUUACUUAAAUUUGAGUCGAAAUCAACUUUCUUCUUUGCCAGCUUGCCUUUGUGGUCUUCCUCUGAAAGUCUUAAUUGCAAGCAACAAUAAGCUAGGUUCCCUUCCAGAAGAGAUAGGUCAACUAAAGCAGUUAAUGGAACUGGAUGUCAGCUGCAAUGAAAUCACAACUUUGCCACAACAGAUAGGCCUGCUGAAAUCUUUAAAAGAACUGAAUGUCAGAAGAAAUUACCUCGAAGUUUUACCCCAAGAACUAGUACAGCUUCCCUUGGUGAAGUUUGACUUUUCCUGCAAUAAGGUGCUUGUGAUUCCCAUUUGUUUUAGAAAGAUGGCACAGUUACAAGUACUGCUGCUUGAGAACAAUCCUUUGCAAUCUCCACCAGCACAAAUUUGUACAAAGGGGAAGGUGCAUAUAUUCAAAUAUCUGACAGUACAGGCCUGUCAGAUUAAAACAGCAGACUCACUGUAUCUUAAUGCCAUAGAACAGCCACAUUUGCCACAACCUGUGGAAGAAAGCAUUGAUGACCUCUACCCAAGUAAAAAGGACUCGGAUUCAGGUGUUGGUAGUGACAAUGGUGAUAAGCGUUUGUCAGCAACAGAGCCGUCUGAUGAAGAUACUAUCAGCUUUAAUGUUCCAAUGUCAGACAUCGUGGAAGAAGAUCAGGUUGUAAAGGAAGAUUCAGGUCACCAUGCUAACUCAAGAAAAGUGGAAUUCCAUCAGGGAUCUUCUCACUUGAUUGUCAACGAUAAAUCAAGAGAGACAGGAAUCCGGCUUGAUGAAUCAGAUGCUCUUACUACAGAAUUCAUGAGCUACAUUAAGAGCAGAGCAGCAGAGUGUGAUGAAUUACUGAGAAUUGAAGAGGACGCACAAUGGCAAACAGAAGAAAUAAUAAAUAUGUCAGAAGAACAAACUAUUGAUAUAGCAAUGAUAGAACAACUAAGAGAAGCAGUAGAUUUGUUACAAGAUCCCAACAGCAGUCAAAUGCAGAUGGAGAUGUCCUCCCUUGGCCAGAAAGAAAAUGCUGAAGAGGAACUAGAAUUUCAUAGGAGGAGGGAAUUAAUUAUGGAGAAAGCCAAGAAUGAAAUGAAAACAUGUGAACAGGGUGAAAAAUGGUCAUUGAAUCAGAAUGAUGUAAUUGUUUGGAAUACAAGUGGCCAACCCUCUCACAAUGAGAACAAAGAUAAAAGUCCAACGCUGUCUCCUACUACAAACAACACAAUCCCUUUUGGCCUGAAGCCACGAUCAGUGUUCUUAAGACCACAAAGAAAUUUGGAAUCAAUAGACCCACAGUUUACAAUUCGGAGGAAGAUGGAGCAGAUGAGAGAAGAGAGAGAGCUUGUUGAACAGCUGCGUGAGAACAUUGAAACAAGACUAAAGAUAUGUUUGCCUGAGGACUUGGGGUCUGCUCUCAUGGAUGGUGUAGUUCUCUGCCAUUUAGUAAAUCACAUUCGACCUCGGUCAGUAGGAAGUAUUCAUGUACCUUCACCAGCAGUACCUAAACUUAGCAUGGCAAAAUGCAGGAGAAAUGUUGAAAAUUUCCUGGAUGCAUGUAGAAAGCUGGGGAUACCAGAGGAGAAGCUCUGCCUACCACAUCACAUCCUAGAAGAAAAGGGCUUGGUAAAAGUGAGCAUAACAGUUCAAGCAUUGCUAGAUGUAACCACAGUGAAACAAGCUUUAUUCACGUGAAACUACUCUCUCUGCUGUUACCAGCUCCACUGUGCCAUCAAAGAAUCAAAUCACUGCCCGUCUAUACAGACUGCAUUGAAAAAGAACAGUGCUCCAAGAGUAUUCUGAUACUUCUGAUUUUAAAAUCAUCUUUGAGACUGUACACGUGCGUCCAACUACAAACCAGAGACUAAAAGAAAACAUUUUAUAGAGCACAUUGGGGCCUCACUGCUUUUCUAGCUCGCUUUGUACAGUACUUACUGAAACAGCCACCUCUGCCACGUAAAAAUGUGUGGAGUACACAGCUGUCUUGCAGCAAGAUACCUUCGUAUUAUUAAACUAAGAAUCCUCAUAAUCAUUUUUGGAGGGAGGGAGAGUAAGUCAAACUUCUGCCACAUCAGGUUUUUCUGCAGUUGCUUCAGGCUAUUGCCUUUUAAAAAUAUCCAGACACAAAAAUAUUUAUAUAAAUGUUAUUUAUUAGUGAGUUGUUAUUCAUCCUUUGGAUGCAAAAUGUAAAUUAGGAAACUGUAUUUUAUUACUGCUUUUUUUGUGGUUAAACACUUUAUUUUAAUAUAAAUGUUUAGUUAUUUUUUAUUCUACUAGGGGUGCAGUAGCUCUAGAUCUCCAUACGUUGUAUUUUCUAACUCCUAAGAGCAAAAGCAGACCAAGUAGGUGCUUCAGUUCGAAGAACUGCUCGCUGGAAUGGCAUUCUUUAAUUUUCAAUGUGUGGAACAUCGAUGAAAGUUUGUCUGCAUUCCGUUUCUUUCCUACAUUCCAGCAGCACUUUUCCCCCCAACCCACACACACACACACACACACACACACACACACUUGAUUCAAUUGGCUGAAGCAGAGCACACCCAUGACUUGUAUAUAGAUGUUUAAAAUAGGAAAGACGUAAACUUGAAAAAAUAAAUGUGAAUAUUUUUGAUUGCUUAUUUUACUAUGCACAAGACAUUUAACUUUUGCCACAACAGAAUGAAUGAUGUGCAUUAGGAUCGUGUGUCUUGAAAUAUGAUUUUUGCACUGUAACUUGAUUUUCUUUUAAAGACUACGGCACUACGGAACGAAUAGAGCAGAGCACAAGAACGCUAACAGGUAGCCAAAAUGUUUUUCUUCAUUAAUUCCUUCAAGAGGUGAUAAAAUCAUUAAUACUGCCGAGGGCAGUCUUACAUCUGACCUUCCAGCUGCUGGCUGCAGUGCUUCUCCCCAUUCACUGAGGUCAUUGGGCUCCCCCUGAAUCGAGCACGGCGUUCUGUAGUGGGACUGGAGGUCCGAUCCUACACCCAUUCAUGUCAGCAAUAGGAUAGAAGCUUCUCUUUCUUAUUACUACUUUACGUUUUUUGAAAAGACUUUUCAGGAGCAUCAUUUAUUAUGAAAACAUCAUCUUUAGAUCCACGAGUCCCAGCGCAGCCAUUAUCACAGUGUCUGGAACUUCCACUUUCUGUAGCUUGGACGGAGGCUGCAGGUGUGAGUUGGGUGGGCAGGGUGGGAGAGCUGCGUGUGGGGGAAGGUGAGCUGAGCCGCCAGCUCCGUGCUGCACGGGGGCUGUGGUUGGAAAUACGCACCGUGAUGGGAAUGAGGCGAUGCGGUGGGAGAACAAACAGGAAGAAAGCUGUGGAGAAAACUGUUGUGCAAGGACUUUCUGAAGGCACGAUGCAUACUUGUCGCUGCUGCACAUCUAGGCUGAGUUACCUGCGUGUUUGCACAGGUGCUGCAGUUCAAAACAGCUGUGCUCCAAUCGCAGACUUGCAGUCUAUAGCGCAGUAUUUGAAUGCAGGCUGUGCACUGUAACACCACGGACUGCCAACGUCUGUACUGAGAGCAGCUUGUCAGAGUGGGCCUGCAGACACACAGUAUGCCCAGGAUAGCAGUUACUUCAACCAAAGCAGAAGCAUUUAUUUUAUAGAGGGAACGGCGACUUAAAAUGGCAAUUGGGAUUGGCAGCUAUAGCAUAUUGUUUCCUAUCAAAUGUACUGUGCACUUUACCGCUAAAUUAAAAUGUAUUUUAAUAUUUUACAGAGCUGCACAAAUAUCUGUUUUGUCAAAAAGCACGAGCAAUGUAAAGAAAAAUACGUUUUCGAGGUAGAGUUUAUCACAUUUUAAAAAGCAUUCAAAGAUUGAUUAUAAAAUAGGAAUAUUGAUUUCUGCAUCUCGAGGGAUAAAAUGCAGGUUUCCUGAGUAUUUUUUUACAAUGUAUAUAUGGCACCAUGAAGCUUUGUAAUUAUUGUUUUGACAAAUCUUGGUUUUUCAUAAUUAAAAUUUUGUUUUUCCUCCUGA